CUGAAAAAUUCCCGCGUCCCCCGAUUUGAGAGUUCCGCCACAGUCCCAGUCAGUUUACCACACGCGCCGAUUCACUCACCGGGCUUGUCGAAUCUCGUGCUAUGCUUCAAAGUUCGAGCAUCCCACCUUCUUCCGCCGAUCCUAGGGUUUUAAUUUCUUCCAAAUAACCACCGUGAAGCUCUGACAAACUAGUCGACUAGUGCGCGGUUAGGUUUUGCCGGCGGCGAUGAAGACGACGCAACUAUUUAAAGGUUCCAACGUCUUUAUGUCUCGGAAUCUGGUUCCCCCUGAAGUCUUCGAUACACUUCUCGAUGCUUUCAAACUCAACGGUGCCGAAAUCGUCCUCUGCUGCGACCCUUCUCGGAGCGGUCCCUCCGAUUUUCAUGUCAUCGCUUCUCCCGAUCAUGAGAAAUUCAAGAGUCUUACAGCCAAGGGUUGUAACUUGAUUGGUCCACAGUGUGCCCUCUCCUGUGCAAAAGAGGGUAGACCGCUGCCACAAGGGGGAUUCACUUGUUGUCUAGCGAUGGAGGGUCUGAAAGUUCUUGCUUCUGGUUUCCUGAUGGAUGAGAAGGUCAAGAUCAGAGAGAUGGUUACUUCCAUGGGGGGAGUUUUUCUUUCCAAAUCUUCUUCUGAUGUCAACUUCGUCAUUGUCAAAAAUGUCUUGGCUGCUAAGUACAAGUGGGCUCUGAAUACUCAGAAGAAGCCAGUUGUUACACUGAAUUGGUUACAUCAGUGUUGGACUGAGCACCGUGUGGUUCCCCAGGAACCAUAUAAGGUUCCUCCUUUUUCUGGAUUGACAAUCUGUGUCACAAGAAUUCCAGGAGAUGAGCGUAAGGGAAUGGAGAAGGUUAUUUCAGAAUAUGGAGGGAGCUACUCUGGUGAGCUAACAAGGAGUUGUACACAUCUGAUCGCUGAUGCUGCCGAAGGUGACAAAUACAAAGUUGCUCGAAAAUGGGGUCACAUUCAAAUUGUCACACGGAAAUGGUUUCAGCAGUCCAUCGAUAGAAAAGUCUGUCUCAGUGAAGAGUCAUAUCCUGUUCUCAGUUCCAUACCCUUGGCACGAGGGUUGCGUGAUAAAGGAAUCCAUCAUAAUGUUCAAGAAAAGUUUCCUUUGCCCACAGCUGUGUCUGUGUCUGUGGCAGAUUCAUAUGCUUCUUGUGCUCAGUCUAGAGACUCAGAUAUAGAAGCUUCUGCCUCACAAAAUAUUUUUUCCACUUCUAUGAACCCCAGUACCGAUGUUAAAGAACCAAGUGAAGGCCCACAUACAAGGCCGCAAGAGCAAGAUAUUGAUGGUUGUACUGCCAGAGAUUCAGAAUCCGAAGACAAUGACCUGUACUUAUCAGAUUGUAGAAUUUUUCUGCUUGGUUUUGAAGCUUCUGAAAUGCGUAGACUUUUUAAGUUGGUCUGUAGAGGUGGUGGAACGCGGUAUAUGCUGCUAAACGAAAGCAUGACUCACAUUGUUGUUGGAACUCCUUCAGAGAGUGAGAAAAGAGAGGUGAGGAGUAUUGCAGCUUCUGGUGUCGUUCAAGUAGUCACACCCAGUUGGCUUGAAGAUUGUGAUCGUGAGAAAAAAGAAAUUCCAGUUCAUCAAUUAUAUACUGCUACCCAUUUGAUUCUUCCAAGAGAUUCUGCAUGCUUGACCAAGGGAUCAUUUGCAGGGAUGUCAAGUAUGGAACAGGGUAAAAAUACUCUCGGUCAGACCAUGGCAUAUGAUUCAUCUUCAAGGAGUAUCAAUGUUUCAAAUGGGCCAGCAACUUUUCUGGGAAACAAAGAAGCAAUGCAGGAAUUUGGCAGGAAAGAUGAGAUUCAUGCGGAAAGGAAAAUAGUAUCACCCAAGCAAAAAGAAACACUUAUUUCCCCUGUAACUAGUAAAAGCAAAGAACAACAGAGUAAUCAAUAUGAAUUCAAUGGUCAAAACGUGAAUGAAAGAAUGUCAUCUGUAUUUAAGGGGAAGACAUUUUGUUUCUCGCAUUCUUUUCCUGAAGAUCGGCGACCUGAAAUCGUGGAAUGGGUGAAUCAAGGUGGAGGAGAAGUGGUGGUAAAUGAUCCUCUGAUAAAUAACGCAGACUUUACUAUUGAAUCCCAUGGUGGGUUCCGAAGUGCCGGGACUACCCAUAUUAGCUAUGUCUCAAGUCAUUGGGUUCGAUCUUGUUUAGAGGAUGGUUGUUUAGUUGCUGUUAGUAGUCAUAUCGUCUACUCACCUCUUCCCUGCCAGACACCUUUGCCUGGAUUCGAAAGCUUUUGCAUUUGUAGUUCCCAACAGGACGACAAGGAUAUAAAACUCCUGUCAAAUUUGUGUUAUGUACUUGGAGCAAAAUUUGUGAAAAAACUAACCAAGAAAGUGACUCACUUGCUAUGCAACUACGCUAACGGAAGUAAGUAUGAGACAGCUUCCAAAUGGGGAAUAGUUUCCGUGACACCUGACUGGGUUUAUGAAUGUGUUAGACAGAAUCAAGUUGUUAGUCCUAACAACUUCCAUCCAAAGGAAUUGACAACUCAAGACAGAGAAGCAGGUUCUGGCGCAAGUCAGUUUCAUACACAGUUUUUGCCAAUGUCCUCAAGGGACAAUGUGUCUCUACUUGUAAGCCACUCUGAAGAGAGGGAAUAUAUUCAAGAUUUUUCUGGCAAAAACGGUAAAGGUGAAGUAAAUAACAGACUUGGAGAAGCUGGAAGGGAACAGACUUUUCCGUCUAAGAAGGCAAAACUUUUCAAAGAUGGUCAAGAAAGUCAUGUGUCUCUACUUGUAAGCCACUCUGAAGAGAGGGAAUAUAUUCAAGAUUUUUCUGGCAAAAACGGUAAAGGUGAAGUAAAUAACAGACUUGGAGAAGCUGGAAGGGAACAGACUUUUCCGUCUAAGAAGGCAAAACUUUUCAAAGAUGGUCAAGAAAGUCAUGUGUCUCUACUUGUAAGCCACUCUGAAGAGAGGGAAUAUAUUCAAGAUUUUUCUGGCAAAAACGGUAAAGGUGAAGUAAAUAACAGACUUGGAGAAGCUGGAAGGGAACAGACUUUUCCGUCUAAGAAGGCAAAACUUUUCAAAGAUGGUCAAGAAAGUCAUGUGUCUCUACUUGUAAGCCACUCUGAAGAGAGGGAAUAUAUUCAAGAUUUUUCUGGCAAAAACGGUAAAGGUGAAGUAAAUAACAGACUUGGAGAAGCUGGAAGGGAACAGACUUUUCCGUGUAAGAAGGCAAAACUUGUCAAAGAUGGUCAAGAAAGUCAUGUGUUUCCUGUGGAAGAGCCUCCAAGCAAUUGUGAUCGCCCUUCGAAGUCCGGAGAAGGCAAUGUCUCUGGAAAUGAUACAGCAAGUAGUCGUGAAGUUCCAGAUGUGGCUGAUGCAAUUGAGGAUCUGUCGGAGCAGACAAGUAAAAUUCAACAUCAGAAGUCUCCUGGGAGGAUUUCAGAAAAGACUGUAUCCUUACAGUUUGUGUGUUCAUUCAAUCUUCUUAUUUUUUCUCUUUCUCUGAGUUAUCAAUAUUUGGCAUUGUUUGACUCCUUGAUGAUAAAACAGCUUUUUUCAACUAGUGAACAAUACAAUACCGGAAAUCACUCUGUCACUGGGCUGUCUAGACACUGGAUAAACAGGGUACAUAAGAAUGACGACACGGGCAGUCCUCCAGGAAAUGUAACUACAGGCACUUACGGAAACUUUAGUGAGACGCAGACAGAAUCGCAGGUUGUUAGUUACGAGGAAGAUCUUUCAGGAAGGCAGAUGCUUAUAGACAGAGUUAGAACACGAAAUAGCUUAACGUAAAGAAACAAGGGGAGGUGGUCGUUGAGAUAGAAUCAUCAAACGUGUGUCAGUGUACUGAUGAGAAUUACAGUGUAAUGUUGCAAAAACAUCCAUUAAAGAGACAAUAGCCACAUCAAACAAUAUAUACAGAUCACCGUUUUUUUUUCUUUUCUUUUUUGAUAAAGUAUAAUGAGAUCACCGAGAGAGUAUCUGUUGACGAACGUGAGGUAUAUAAUUUUUGUUGCUUGUAACUUUUCUUUUAAUGUUAUCCAGAUCCAGGUUAGCAACUCACCUA